AUGAAUUCAGCGGAACAGACGGUGACAUGGUUGAUUACGCUCGGGGUGCUGGAGUCCCCGAAGAAGAGCAUCUCGGAUCCCGAAGCUUUCCUGCAGAGCUCCCUCAAAGAUGGGGUGGUGUUGUGCAGACUGCUGGAGCGGCUCAACCCGGGAGCCACGGAGAAAAUUUACCAAGAACCGAAAAACGACGGUGAGUGCCUGAGCAACAUAAAGGAGUUCCUGAAGGGCUGCAUAUCGUUCCGCGUCGAGCCCUUUGAGGCCAGUGACCUGCUGUUGGGCCUGAACUUCUCAAAGGUGCUGAGCUCUCUGGUUGCACUGAACAAAGUAACUGCAGAUAUCGGCGUGGGCAGUGAUUCUGUGUGUGCCCGACACUCCUCUGCCCACCGCAUCAAGUCGUUUGAAUCCCUGUCCUCUCAGGCGUCUCUGGGCCGAUCCUCCAAGCUGCUGCAGAGCCAGUUUCGCAGUCUGGACAUGUCAGAGAACAGCGGACAGCAGCUGCUGGUGAAGGCGCGGUUCAACUUCCAGCAGACCAACGAGGAUGAGCUCACUUUCAACAAGGGAGACAUCAUCAAUGUGACUCGGCAGGAAGAGGGCGGCUGGUGGGAAGGGACCCUCAGCGGCAAGACCGGCUGGUUUCCUAGCAACUAUGUGCGCGAAGUCAAAGGCACUGACAAACAGGUGUCUCCUAAAUCUGGCACCUUAAAGAGCCCACCCAAAGGUUUUGACACUUCUGCAAUUAGCAAGACCUACUAUAACUUGGUGUUGCAGAAUAUUUUAGAAACUGAGACGGCAUAUUCAAAGGACAUUCAAAGCCUCCUGACCAACUACCUGCGACCUCUUCAUAUCUCUGACAAACUGAGCAGUUCAGAUGUGGCACUGAUUCUGGGGAACCUGGAGGAGAUCAGCACCUUCCAGCAGAUGUUGGUUCAGUCCCUGGAGGAGUGCACUAAGCUUCCAGAAAGCCAGCAGAGGGUGGGGAGCUUCUUCCUUAACCUCAUGCCACAGAUGAAGGCUCUCUAUAACGGAUACUGCUCCAACCAUCCGUCUGCAGUGAAUGUGCUCACUCAGCACAGUGAAGCUCUGGGGGAGUUUAUGGAGGGACGGGGUGCAGUUACUCCUGGAAUCCUAACCCUCACCACAGGUCUCAGUAAACCCUUUAUGAGACUGGACAAAUACCCCACCUUACUGAAAGAGCUGGAGAGGCACAUGGAGGAGAUUCAUCCUGACAGGCCAGACAUCCAGAAGUGCAUGGUUUCAUUCAAAAAUCUGUCGGCUCAGUGCCAGGAGGUGCGGAAACGGAAAGAGUUGGAGCUCCAGAUUCUCACUGAGAACAUCCGACUGUGGGAGGGCGAUGACAUCAAGACCUUGGGCUCCGUCAUCUACAUGAGCCAGGUCUUGGUCCAGAGUCCCAUGACAGAGGAGAAGAGUGAACGCUACCUCCUGCUUUUCCCCCACGUCCUCCUCAUGUUGUCUGCGAGCCCCAGGAUGAGUGGCUUCAUAUUCCAGGGAAAAUUGCCUUUAACCGGCAUGAUAGUGAGCAAACUUGAAGACUGUGAAGCACAUAAAAACACUUUUGAGCUGAACGGCACAUUGUUCGACCGUCUGCAGGUGAUAUGCACCAACCAGCAGGACCUGCAGGACUGGGUGGAACACCUAACAAGGCAGAUCAAGCACGCCGCCGCCACAGCUCCCAGCCACAAACCCCUCACUGUUCCCUGCCACACGCUCCCAUCUCACCCGGUCACUCCAUCUCGGCUUGCUGAGGGCAGGGCCAUGACGGUGGCUCCUACCUACCACACCCUUCCUCAUCCGUCCUCCCAUGGAACGUCUCACAGCACCAUGAUGUGGGGUCCGCUGGAACCACCCAACACCCCCAAACCUUGGAGCCUGAGCUGCCUUCGACCUGCACCGCCGCUACGGCCCUCCGCUGCUCUCUGCUACAAGGAGGAUAUAAGUAAAAGCCCGAAGAGUGUGAAGAAGCUGCUUCCUAAACGCAAACCGGAGAGGAAGCAGUCUGAGGAGGAGUUUGCCUUGAGGAAGAGUACUGCUGCUCUCGAGGAAGACGCCCAGAUCCUAAAAGUGAUUGAGGCAUACUGCACCAGUGCCAAAACCAGACAGACUUUGAACUCCACUUGGCAGGGCACUGACCUGAUGCACAACCACGUGCUGGCUGACGUGGACCGGUCCUGCGCGGACUCGCCGGGACGCCGUAGCAGCGUGUCUCGGCCAGAGCUGAGCUCUGACCUCUCGGAGGACUCUGACUAUGACUCCAUCUGGACCUCCCACAGUUACAGGAUGGGCUCGGUGCCGCGGAAGAGCUGCAUCUCGCACCAGAACUAAAGAGCACACGGAGGUGCCACAAUGUACUCUAAUGUCAUGUACUGUGUGCUUACCUCUUUAAGACUUAUUUAUUUAUUCUUUCUAGGUUCAUUUUUGUUAACUUAUUCAUCUAAUUUAAUGUAAUCUUGAAAGUUUCUUUGAAUAUUUUUUUAAAGUACUUUCCUGUUGCCUUUUCCACGUUCCCUUUUACGUGCCUCCGCUCUUUCUGUAAUAGUCAUGCAGUAAAUGUUAGAUAUUACUGUUCAUUUAUCUUGAAUGUGACCACUCCUCUUGUUUGACCAUAACUCUUACGCUACGUUCACACCGGGCAUGUGAUGCGCGUUCAGGAACGAACGUUUAGCCCGUAGUGUUCAUACUCGACUGUUGCUACCUGAUACUAGCGCAUGUCUGCCACCUAGAGUUGGAAGAGGGUUGGUGCAAAAUUUAGAAGAGGUGCAAAUUUCGUGAAUCUCGCUUAAGCGUUUUUCUAUUUCAAAAUAUUUAAGACUUGGUGUCAUAGAGUUCCGAUCGAGAACAAACCGUAAUUAUUCAUUUAUCCUUCAUGAUCAAUUUUCAAAUGGUUGGUAUUUCCUUGAGUUAAAGGGAUGUCAUCCUUACGUCAGUACCAAAUUUAAGUCCCUGAUUGGUCAAACUUCAUCCUGGUUUACCUUUCAACUCACAUUUUGUACGUAGAGCCUAAAACGGUUUAAAAUGUACAUAGAUGUGAGAGUUUUGAACGCAAAAGCAUUUACACGCUUUGACACAGACUUUUCAUUGGAAGUGGUCGCUUGAACGCGGGUUCCCGAUGGCGGUGUUAACGUAGCUUCAGCAGAGAGUUCCAGGAUUGGAGUGAAGUUUCGGGUUGUUGGGAGGAAAGGAGGGAUGGAGACUAAGCUUUUCCUGUCUGAUAUUCAGAUGUAAUUCAGGAAUGGGUGUAUUUAAUUUACCGUGGUUCAUUUCUCUGGGGCUCUUCGAGUAUGUCUGCUCAGACUUAGCACAGAUGCUACACAAGUAUGCACACAGGGUCAGGCACAUACUCCUCUACUAUCUAGAAAAUUCAGCAGAAUACAAAACCCUAAAAGAUUUUAUAUCAUCGCUCUUUCGUAAUCUCAAGUUCAUUUUUUUGUAACUGGUUUAUGUGGUGCUUUUUGUUUUUGCAUAUUAAAAUCAGUGACUAUAUAUGAGAACUGGACUGAGUGACCCCCUCUCUCCUGGUGUUUAAAACAGGGAGUAUCCGCUGUUGCUCAGUCAUUUUAUUUGUCAGAAUAACCAUUCUUGCUCUGAUACUUUUUUAAAAACAUUUUUUGAUCAUUCAUAUUUUUUCUUUAGUGCAAGUUAAAAACUGACCAAUCAGAUCCCUCAAUAAAAGUAUGUGGUGUCACAUUGAACAUUCAAAGCGUUUGGUUUACUGAUUCUCUUGAGCACACCUUCAAGUCAUAGGGGUGUGGCCUCCAAACAAUCUCAGUCCUGAUUGGCGAGAAUGGUUGCCAUGGAAACAUAGACUCGGACCAAUCACUCCUUACAAAUGUCGUCUAGCUCCAACAUGUGGACGUCCACAUGACAAAAAAGGUGACUGAAUUGACUUAACUUUGUUGGACCAAGUUGUGAUCCAUUUUCUACGGGUGACGUCACACUCACUCAGUCCAGUUCUCGUAUACAAUGAAUGAUUAAAAUCAAUGCACUAACACUUAAACAUUCAGAUGGUCCAAAAAAAAAGAAAAUGGUCUAAAAGGCCUUAAAAUCUCAGAGAAUUCACUUUCAUAGGUAAUGAUCUGAUGGUUCUGAGUUUGGACAUUCAAAAUUGCAAAAUUUAGCUCUACCGUCAUAUUUAAAACAAACUGCCGCACUAACUGGAAGGCUAAAUGCCUCAGAAAAAUAAGACAAAAGCUUGAUUUCUUCUUUUCGUUGAGCCUCCGCAGAGCCUUAAACUGCAGAUUUCUGACCUUGUUAGCUUUCGUCUUUGGUCUUAUUUGUGUUUUGCUCUGCUUGUAUAGUAGGUAAUCAACUUUAGAAUCACAGGGUUUCAUUCAGAGGAGCACAUACAGCUGUGCAUUACAAUUUAAACCUCUCUAUAUCAAUUUUUUUAACAGUAGAAUGAAAAUGGUUUGACAGCAGUGCUCACCUCAUUUAUUUGACUUUUCUGAAAACGCACAAAGUUUCUUUGUUCCCUAGUUUUGCAAAUGUUCUACUUUCAAAAAUUAGUCACUCAGAACUAUUUAUAAUUUCAAAAUUAUUUAUAUAAUAUAAGUUUUGGCAGCUUCCCUAUUGAUGUUUGGCACAUUUUAUUUAGAAGAUAGCUUUGGUGCUUUUCCCUUAUUAUACGGUACUUCAAAACAUAUUUUUGGCCUCCUAAGAACAAGGUGAUUGGGUGGAAAAUAUUCCGGGUUUUAGCAAGUCAACUUUAUUAGUUGAUUUUUUUUUUCAAUUGAAUUUAUUAAUCCAGUGUAAUAUUGAUUCAAAAAUCUAUUGAAAACUAACUUUUAAAGGCCUUCCCUUUAUAUAUUUUACAAAACUAUGUUUGUAAAAUGUGCAAAACCUUUGUCAUAAUCAACACAAAUUUUAAAGGAAAAAAAAGUCAUCAGCAACUAAUGAAAUUAGAUUAAAUUGAAUCGAACUGUCUGAGAGGCAAAAAUGAAUCAUUCAGAGCCAUUGGCAGUAUAAGAGAACCUGACUGAGUAACCGCUCUCCUUUCCAAGCAGGAAGUGCUUGUGGUUCCAAGAGGCCAAAAUCCCAUAGAUUUCUAUUGAGAAAUAAUCAGCCAAUGACCAGUCAUUCCAUUUGUCAGAAUAAGAAUUCUUGCUCUGAAACCUUUUUUCCCCCAUGUUUUUUCUAUAUUGCAAGUUAUUUAAGUAUAAACUGACCAAGAUGCCUCAAUCGGAUGUAAGGUUUCACAUGGAGCGUUCAAAAUGUUUGAUAGAUUCUCCAGAGCCUGCUUUCAAAUGAUUGAUCAGAGUGGUUGCCAUAGAAACGUUGACUCAAGCUUUGUCUGGCUCCAACUUGUGGACGUCCCAAAAAACUAAAUUUAUUUAUUUAUUUAUUUUGGAAGCUUAAACCAAGUUAUUUUUUAUGGGUGACAUCGCACUCACUCUGUCCAGUUCUCUUAUACAGUCGGUGGUCAGAACUGUGGUAGUGAAACUUUGCCUUGAAACUGACAUUUAUUCCAAGUAUGAACAAGGUAUGUCGUUUGUAAUUCACUUUUCUCAAUAAGCCAAUUAUUUUUUAUUUCCACUAGAGGCAUAAUUUUAAUUAAAUGUCUUAAAUUUAUAUCAAUUAGGUUUGUCUAAUGUGUUUUAACUUAUCCUAUGUUUGACUAUCUAAUGUACCCUGAGGUACCGGACACCUGGUUCUGUUGGAACACACUGAUGGUGAAAUUGGCGUGGGUCUUUAGUGUGGGGGUGGCGUGUGUCUGUGGUUACAGAUGGCUGCUCAUUUGAGAAUGUUGACUUUUUAUGAGAAAGUAAAUAACCUUGAUCCCCUCAGCAGAAGAUCCCAGCAGACUUUAGCUCAUGCCUCAUGUCCCCACAAUCUGUCUGGCAUCAGCAACUAUUUUUAUGAAGAAGUAUUUUUCCACUGAUGGCUUAAAAAAAAAGAUAAAACGGACGUGGCUGAAGUCCUCUUACAGUGAGCAAUUCGAGUGACCUAUAAAAUAUGAUCCGAAAUCAUUUCUGUAAUGUAUUUAUCAUUUAAUAUGUAUUUAUUUUGUUUAAUUUUCAAGCUAUAUGUCAAAGUUUACAGAUGAUUCCUGGAAAAAAAGCCUAUUUUUGUUGCAUUCUGUUGAUCUGUCAAAGUUUACACUUAAAUUAUCAAAAAGAAAUGUUUCAAUUAUUUUGCACAAUUGUGUACUAAGACAGUGUUGGGGAGGGAGGUGGAGAUGGGGGGAGGACUCUUUUCUAUUUUUGUGUCAUCUACCUAGAAUGUGUACGAUAUAAUCCUAAAGAUAGACUUAAGUAUUCAGUGUUGCUGUAAAGUGAAUGCUCAUUCGUAGUGCAAGUGUUCACCUUUGUUGUUCAGAGAACAAACGAUAAAGGUUUGGAAAAAAAAGAACAAAAAAAAACCAACAGACUGGGAGGAAUCCGGAGCAUUCCUAUGAGAACUUCUCAUCUAACCUCAGAAUGCCGACAGAAUAGACUUGAAUAAUAAUUUUAAAAAAGCACAUCGUCUCCCUUUCUGUAAAUAACUGUUGUCCUGGAGCCAAAAGAAUCAGUAUUUGAGCUGUCACUGUAGUAAUCUGUGCUUUACUUUGUGACAGGUGCAUUCUGUGGUUCAAUUGUGGGGCGGGUGCGGUCAGGUGACCACUAGAUGAACACAGUCUUCUGUGCUUGCAGCACCUUUGCUGUACUGUAGUGUUCCACUCCCAAAUGCUGUACCAUGAGUUUUGAAUAAAUCUGUUGUUUGAUAGA